GGCGGGAGGGGUGGAGGUGCCGAGGCCCCUGGGGCCGGCAGUGGCGCCACCAACCAUCGCCCGCAGGACCCGGGCAGUCCUGCCACAGGAUCCCGCCGGUGCCGACGUUGCGGCAGCUGCCGGCAAGGAGGACAGCCAGCGGGGACCCGCCGUCCGCCAUGGGGACGGAAGACAUGCUCAGGGAGGAGCUGGGCAGCAUCCACGGCAUCCCCCUCUACAAGUCCUUCGUUGAGGGCUGGCCGCAGGUGGAGGCUUUCCAAGCCCGGCCAGAUGACCUGGUCAUUGCCACCUACCCCAAAUCGGGCACGACAUGGCUGAGUGAGAUCCUGGACAUGAUCUACCACGAUGGCGAUGUGGAGAAGUGCCGACGGGAUGCCAUCUUCAACCGGGUGCCCUUCCUGGAAAUGAAGAUCCCCGAGAUGCCGAGCGGCAUCGAGCUGCUGGAGAAAACCCCAUCCCCACGGCUGGUGAAGACCCAUCUUCCAGUCCAGCUCCUCCCGACCUCCUUCCAAGACAAGGACUGCAAGGUCAUCUAUGUGGCCCGCAACCCCAAGGAUGUCAUCAUCUCCUACUACUACUUCUACCAGAUGGCCAAGAUACACCCCGACCCCGGCACGCUGGGCGAGUUCCUGGAGACCUUCAUGGCUGGCAAAGUGGCCUAUGGGUCCUGGUAUGAGCACGUGCGGGGCUGGUGGGAGAAGAAGCAGGAGAAGCAGCUCCUCUACCUCUUCUAUGAAGACAUGAAGAAGGACCCACAGCGGGAGGUGCAGAAGAUCCUGCAGUUCCUGGGCAAGGAGGUGACGGAGGGGACGUUGGCAAGAAUCCUCCACCACACCUCCUUCCAGGAGAUGAGGAAGAACCCUGCCACCAACUAUGAGACCAUGCCCACUGUUCUGAUGGACCACAGCCUCUCCCCCUUCCUCCGGAAAGGGAUCUCCGGGGACUGGAAGAACCACUUCACCGUCGCCCAGAAUGAGCGCUUCGACCAGCACUACCAGGAGCGUAUGGCAGGCUCUGACCUCCACUUCCAGAUGGAAGUGUGAGGGGCUUAUCCCCCUUCCCGGAGGGACUCCACUUCUCCCUGGUCCCCCGGCAGGGAGGGUGGGUCCAGACGGAGCAUCCUCACGCCAAAUUGCUUUUCCUCCUGCAAUAAAUUGGGAUAACUGGA